AGCUUGCUUUGUUUGUACCUGGAGUUGCUUGGAUUUAAUCUCAAAAACAGACGACUGUGUAUUUGUAAACAGCCGGGCUGGGUUCGGUGAGCAGCGACGCUCGCGUUUCGAGUCGCGUCCGUCUGUCAGUCUCAUCCCGUCCCGGCCACCGGCGCCGCUCCGACUGCAGCUCCAGCUCUCUCCAACGCUCAGCCUCUGCAGACACUGACCACGUUGUCACCGGAAUCAACCCACUGAAACAUCUCUGCACUGUCUCCGACAUUUUGUCCAGGACUUGCCCCGUGUCAUUGGAAUCACCAAGGAGACAUCUUGUGAGCUGAGGCCCAUCAUGGACCGGGUAAAGACCGCGGUGGCCGGUGCUCGAGCUGCCUACAACCUGGGCAAAACCCGCCCGCUGGAAUUCCGCCUGCAGCAGCUGAGGGCUAUGGAGAAGAUGCUGACGGAGAGGAAGGAUCUAUUCUCGGAGGCGCUGCAGAAGGACCUGCACAAGAAUGAUUUUGCGGUGCAAAUUUAUGAAAUGGCGGGAAUAGUGGGCGAGAUCACGUUGGCCCUGAACAAGCUGCACGACUGGAUGGAGCCAGAGCACGUGUCGAAGAACAUGAUGACCAUGAUGGACACUGUGUACAUUCACCGCGAGCCUCUUGGUGUGGUUCUUAUCAUUGGGGCCUGGAACUACCCAUUGGCCCUGGUGCUGCAGCCGUUAGUUGGGGCCAUCGCGGCAGGAAAUGCGGCGGUGGUGAAGCCGUCGGAAGUGAGUGGGAACACGGCAGAGCUCCUGGCCCAGCUCCUCCCUCAGUACCUGGACAAGGACACGUACCCAGUGAUCACUGGAGGAGCAGAAGUGGCCACGGAGCUGUUGAAGCACCCCUUCGACCACAUCCUGUACACGGGCAGCACUGCUGUCGGCAGGAUCGUCAUGGAGGCUGCUGCCAAGCACCUGACGCCCGUCACCCUGGAGCUCGGCGGCAAGAGCCCGUGCUAUGUGGACACCGACUGCGAUCUGGACGUUGCCUGCAGACGUAUAGCGUGGGGGCGAUACACCAACUGUGGCCAAACCUGCAUCGCCCCCGACUACAUCCUGUGCAAUAAAAGCAUCCAAGACCAAGUGGUGAAGAAGAUCGGCGACACUAUUGCUGAAUUUUACGGAUCCGAUCCCCAGAAAUCCCCGGACUACGGGCGAAUUGUCAACCAGCGCCAUUUUAAGAGAAUUAUGUCUUUGCUGGAGGGAGCGAAUGUGGUGUAUGGUGGUAAAAACAACGAAGAGGAUCUCUACAUAGCUCCCACCAUUGUGACGGAUGUGGAUCCCGACUCCAGGAUCAUGCAGGAGGAGAUCUUUGGGCCGGUGCUGCCCAUCGUCACGGUCAAUGGCGUGGACGAGGCCAUCGCCUUCAUCAGCCGGCGCGACAAGCCUCUGGCUCUGUACGUCUUCUCCCACAACAAGAAGCUGAUUCAGAAGAUGAUCAGGAUGACUUCCAGCGGUGGAGUAACAGCCAACGACUGCCUCAUCCAUUACUCUAUCGCUGCACUCCCAUUCGGGGGCGUGGGUAAGAGUGGCUUUGGGGCAUAUCACGGCAAACACAGCUUCGACACGUUCAGCCAUCGCCGAGCUUGUGUGUUAAAGUCGCUGGGCAUGGAAAAGGCGAACAAUAUCCGGUACGCGCCGGCCACUGACUCCAAGAUGAAGUGGCUUUUGUGGCUGCUGGCAAAACAGGGAGAGGGCAAGAAACUGCAGCUCAUUGGGUUUCUCAUCCUAGGAACACUGGUUUCCAUAGUAAUGAAGUUUUACUUCGCAUGGUAAUCGACCCAAUUGUCCUGACAACCGCACAGAAUCAGCGUCAGAUUUAUGGGAUCGGGAGUCAUCAGGCUCGAUGGAAAACUGAUUAAACAAGCUGCUUAACAUAACCUACCUUCACUAAGAAGCCACUUAACAAAAUAACCCUUGUGUAGAACAUCCUAUCAGACCGCCACAGAACGUAAUCACAUUCCAUUUAAAGAUUGAUUGAAGGAGCAAACACCAGUCGAGGAUCGUGGAUCAAAUGGCCUGCCAGGCUGUAACGUCAGAUUUUCCAGCACAUUCUCCACGUGACCUUUCUAAACUUUGAGCUCAAGACUAAUAAUCGUCUCUUUUAUGUCCGAGUCUGGCCGCACACCCAGUUUGCUGAGAUUUUAUAUUAAUUUCAUCUUUAAUUGUAACGCAAACAUUUGUUGGCUGGCUGGAAAUUUCUGUAGGAAAUUUAUUUUUUCCUUUGGAUUUUUACUGGGUUUUUUUGUUUUCUUUUUCAGCAAGUUUCACAUGAAAUAUUUCUAUCCAGCAUCAAAGGUAGCAGGAUGCCCCGACCCAAUCUUACUUCAGUUCAGGUUGAGUUUCUGCAAUCUUAUUCAAUGCUUUAUAAAAGAAUCUCUGCCUCUUUUUCUCUGCCUCUUUUUCUCUCUCACUUUUUCUCCUGUUUUCUCUCUCACUUUCUUUCCCCCUUUCUCCCUCUCGCUUUAUCUCUCCCUUUCUCCCUCUUGCUCUCUUCCUCCUUCUCUCUCGCUUUUUCAUCCCACUUUUUCUCUCGCUUUCCCUCCCCUUUCAUUCCUUCGCUCUUUCGUGCCCUCGCUCUCUUUUGAAUGUUCGGACUUUACGGUCCCAGCAGCCGUAAUAUAUUUUUAAGUAGUAUUGCGGAUUAAUCUGAUCAAAAGCCACAUUUAUCUUUUGUUGAAAGAAUCUGGUCUCAGACUGCAGUGCCUGAGUGGAUCCCAGGCAGAUCCUCCCAUCAGGUUCCUGAAGCUGGUGGGUUCAAGUCCCACGCCAGGCCUUCCAGUACGAGACCCCAAUCCAAUUCACCAGAGCAGUGCUGAGGGGGUGGUGCGCUGUCAGAGGUGCCGCCUUGAACAUAUGACCUUGAGCUAAGGCUAUCCUGCCUUGCGGCCAUGACGUAUGUUGAAGAUAAACAUAAGCAUUUGUCUCGGUGACCCGGGACCAAUACCGCUCCGUCAGCAUUACUAGUUCAUUUUUCCAGGAGCUUCAAAUAGCUGUUGUAUCCUAAUAUUGUAACUGUGAACACACUACAAAAAAACCCAUUGAAUUUGCUGGAAAGCACUAUGCUAGAUCCUGAGAGAGAAGUAAAAGGUCCUAUAGAAAUGAGAGGAUUUCAGCAGAAAAAUGGUUCUGCUAUUGAUCAAUGUAACGUGCACUUACUUGUAGCUUGAAUAAAACAUUUUGAUUGCAG